GACGUGGUAUGUCUGUUUAGCUUCUCGGUGUACUGUACCGCCGAACGUUUCUGGUGGAAAGCUUGACAGGAGAUAACAACCAGACUGUAUAUGUAAGAGAGAGACAACAGCGUUCAGUUUUUACGGGUUGGGCAACUCUGCCCACGACGUCUCACCAUGCCUCUGGUUACGAGGAACAUCGAGCCACGGCAUGUGUGUCGCCAGACCAUCCCAGCCAACAUCCGCAGUGAACUGGAAUGUGUCACUAAUAUAACCCUGGCCAACAUCAUCCGUCAGCUCGGCAGCCUCAGCAAAUAUGCGGAGGAUGUAUUUGGGGAGCUGUUCGUCCAGGCUCAAGCCUUUUCGCUGAGAGUUAAUACACUGGGAGAUCGAGUGGAUCGCCUGCAGGUUAAAGUCACCCAGCUGGACCCAAAAGAAGAGGAGGUCUCCCUUCAGGCCAUCACUACCCGUAAGGCUUUCCGCAGCAGUCUGACCCAGGACCAGCAGCUGUUCACCAGGCCGUCUCUCCCAAUGCCUGUACAGGACACCUACAAGACCUGCAAUCCGCCACCACCACUUAACUACCUCAGCCAAUACCGGGACGAUGGAAAGGAGGCCCUGAAGUUUUACACGGAUCCCUCCUACUUCUUUGAUCUGUGGAAAGAGAAGAUGCUGCAGGACACCAAGGACAUCAUGAAGGAGAGACGCAAGCACAGGAAGGAGAAGAAAGACAAUCUUAACCAACGGACACUCAAUCCGCGAAAGAUCAAAACCCGGAAGGAUGAAUGGGAACGGCGAAAGAUGGGAGAGGAGUUUGUGGACCCAAAGAAUGAGUUGAUGAAUUCUUCUGAGGGCCUAAAUGGCAGUAUUGGAUCUGGAGAUGGCUUCACUUCCGAAGGCCUCGAGAUGAGUACCGGCUCCUACGCUCAUGAACCUGGCUCCCCUCUCUCUCCUUCUGGGCCCGAUGACUUCCUGCCUCCUCCACCUCCAGACAUUGCGUAUAAUGACGGAGGAUACGGAGUUCCAACCCCGAAGAGUCCAAGCCACCCUCCCCCUGCUCCCCCCAUGGCUUCUCCACCUCCCAACUCUCGCCCCAACCUCUCCCCUCCCCCUGCACCUCCUCCCCCUCCCCCACCCCCUGGCUUUGGGGUUCCACCGCCUCCUCCUUCCUUCGACACCCCACCUUCCCCUCCUCCGUUCUCCUCCUCCCCCUCUGCCUAUCCCUCCCCACCUGCUCCCCCUCCUCCACCUACUAUGUCCACUGUUCCUCCUCCUCCACCACCACCGAUGCCUGCGUGUUCUAGCGGGGGUGGUCCUCCUCCUCCUCCUCCUCCUCCACCUCCCCCUGGCCCACCUCCCUCAUCCUUUGACCGCUCCGGACCCACUCCUCCAUCCGUUGCGGCAACGCAACCUAGCUCUGCUCCAAAAGCUCAGCCUGAGUCUGCCGAUGAUCCUCGCAGUGACCUGCUGCAGGCCAUCCGACAAGGUUUUAACCUGCGCAAAACGGAGGCCCAGCGGGAGCAGGAGAAGAGGGAUCACAUCGGCAAUGAUGUGGCCGCCAUCCUGUCCCGUCGCAUCGCUGUGGAGUGCAGCGACAGCGAGGACGACUCCUCCGAGUUUGGCGAGGAAGAGUGGUCUGAUUAAUGGUUCUUCCCUUUUCAGCUUGACAACCACCUCCGUACCUUUCCUCAGCCUUUAACAACAGCCUUGUGUUUCCAUUCCAAUUCCCUCAAGUACCAGUAAAGCCGAGGUCCCUGUUCUGUGUGUGUGUGUGUCAGAGUGUGUUCUGCACACAUCACAUCCUAUGUGCAAGUGACCUGUUACUAAUCACAUUCCUUGAACCAUUUGUUUUUAUUUAUCCAACAUUAUUCCGAUAAAGUCCAAAGAUGGAGUGUAAGUGUUCCUGGCUGUGUCCCUAUUUGCUCCCAUUGAAUGACACAGCGCUGUAAUUUAUGUGAGUGUUCCUAUGACGUCUCUGCUGAGUGUGUGUUAACGGAUCAAUUCUGUCCUUAUCCUAGUGUCUAUUUGCAUCCGGUAGGCUAAAUUUCUGAUUUGUUCUGCUUUAGUAUAUUAUGGCGAAGGAUAAUAGAGAUAAUAUAGUACAUCUGUAUAUGCUCAGUAGGAAGACACCAAGUGUUGACGUCAAAACAUUCCCACUGAGAUUAUGUGAUGAAUUAAAUGUAAAGUUUAUGUAACAUUGAAUCAUAUCUAAAGAUAAUUAUGCAAUCCUUUCAUAUCCCUUUUAAAGCACCACUUCGUUAAUCACUUGUCCUUUCCCCACUUUUGUAUUCUCCUCUUUCUUUCCGUGGUUGCCAUGAGAACAAUUCACAUGGGAUGGAACGUGUUUGUAGUUUAGAAACCUUCGCGUAUUAAUUAUUCAGCGUGACUGGGAGCAAUGGCUCAUGGCAGACACCUCGGGUGUUCGAUGCGAUCCUCAACGUUUGAAGACAUUUGACACAAACGUGAUUCAUUUUGUCUUGUGUUUGACCUUUGUUACGCAUUUCCUUCCUGCAGAUUUUGUUUUUAACUCUUUGUUCUUUCUGUGGAGACGGAGGCAGCGUUUAUCCUGCUGCCCGAUUAGUGCCUUUUUUAAUACUAGUUGUCAGUGAAGGUUUAUUUUGGGUAUCCACAAUGGCAACUGAUCAGCUUCUUCCAAAAAUACCACCAGUCAAAUGUGGAACUGACUGAUGUUUAGUGUGGACUUCAUAUUUCUCAAGUGCCUUUUUA